ACCACUACCAGAAAACAGGUUUCCACUAGCAACUAAAGGCCUAAACGCAGAUAUCAAGACCGGCGGGCACCGAAAGAAAUGCCUUCUUCGUUAAACAAACCCCCUACCGCACCUACCGUACCUCUACCCCUCCUCUGCCCCUCGCCGCCACAACUUUCCGGCAUAUCUUUCCAACAGCCCGUCCGAAGAAUCCUCACUCCCGCUGAUCUCGCUCUCUUCCAGUCCUCACAAACUUAUAUCCUGAUAACAUCCUUUAUAAAUGACCUCAACAAUAGCGUUCUCAACCUCCCGCUCUCUCAUCCAGCUACCCAGCCAGUCAUCGUCGAUCAACUAAUUAGUGUCCUAGACGCGGUAGAUGCCAUCGCCGACCGCCAUCCGGCAGAGGAAGCCGGCGGGAGCCGGUUCGGGAAUGCUGCAUUUCGGGGGUUCUACGAUGAAGUUGGGGAGAAGUUUGAGGGGUUGCAUGAGGGAAUAUUGGAAGGGUUGGAAGGAGAGGGAGUAAAAGAGGGGGCAAUGGGGGAGAUCAAAGCCUAUUUUACCGAAGCUUUCGGAAACAGGACUAGGAUUGAUUACGGAUCGGGACAUGAGCUUAACUACCUAAUUUAUUUACUUUGCCUCCACCAACUCUCCCUCCUAGAACCCUCCACCUACGCCUCCUUAGUUCUCCACCUCUUCACUCGCUACCUAACCCUCAUGCGCAAGAUCCAAACAACAUACUACCUCGAGCCAGCCGGCAGCCACGGAGUUUGGGGCCUCGAUGACUACCAAUUCCUCCCCUUUCUAUUCGGCAGCAGCCAACUUUACUCGCAUCCAUACCUCCGCCCAAAAUGCAUCCAUGACGAUGAGAUCCUUGAGCAAUUCUCCAAAGAUUACAUCUACCUCUCCUGUAUCUCCUUCAUCAACAGCAUCAAGGUCACCGCCGGGUUACGCUGGCAUAGUCCCAUGCUGGACGACAUCUCCAACGCGAGGAAUUGGGCGAAGAUCAACAGCGGGAUGAUGACCAUGUACGAGAAGGAGGUUCUAGGGAAGUUGCCCAUUAUGCAGCAUUUCCUGUUUGGCGGGUUGGUGAGUGCUGUCGAGGGGAUCGGAGGGGGUGAUGGGGAGGAAGAGGGGGAGGGAGAAAGGGAGGUGGUUGAUAGGGAAGGGAUGACCCAUGUGCAUAGUUCCUGGGGAGAAUGUUGUGGGAUUAAGGUUCCUGCAGCGAUUGGUGCUAGAAGAGCUGGGGAGCAGGCGAGUUUGAGAAAGGUUCCGAGGAUUCCGUUUGACUAAGUUGGGGGUCUCCUUUUCUUCUAGCUAGUUGGUUAGUGCACUUGGUCUUCCGGCGUGAUAUUUACGGCAGCCCGAAUAAACAAUGUCUCCUCA